GCUGCGUUACAUUAACACGAGUGAAGCUCAGAGGCUGGACUGACAUCUACGUCCACCUCAAACCGAGUCCAGGCGGCUGGCACAUCACACGGCCUUUCCACGGAGAAAACGGGCCAGCCGCGGCGGAGCUCAGAGAGACACAGCGGCGCGAGAGACACCAGCUUUGGACGAUUUAGAUAUUUUUUUAGUCGUAUUUUUUGACAGUUCCAGCAGGUGCACUCGAAGGACCCAUCCGAGGCAGUGUCAGUGUUAAUUAAUGAAACUUUGCUCCGAUUCCCGAGCUGGGGUUACCAUACACCAUGUUAAGGUAAAGCCUAAGCUUGGUGUGUUGAACAUGCUAAAGAAGCUGGACAAAAUAAGAUUCCGAGGUCCAAAGCGCGAUGAGUUCUUGGAUCUUGCUGAGUCUCCCACCGCCUCGGAUAAUGAAGGCAGUGAGGAUAUUACGGUGAAGCCUCGACCUUCGCUACGAGACCCAGAGGAACCGAGAGACCCUGCUGGAUCGGGGUCUCUAAACAUGACCACCGUGCAGGACCUGAGGAGUGACUCUGAACGUCUCAAUGAAGUCAAAGGUCAUCUUGAAAUAGCCUUAUUGGAGAAGCACUUCCUGCAGGAGGAGCUGAGGAAGCUACGGGAGGAGACCAAUGUGGACACGCUGAAGCAGGAGUUGGAGAAAGAGCGGGGCAGAAGGCUGGACCUGGAGCAGAAGAUGAGCGAAGUGCUAAAAUCCAGAUUAGAAGACUCGCCUCCGCAGCCUACUCGUAAACAGCAGUCCCCUUCGGCCAAUGGCGCAGAGAAGCAGCAGAAGCAGACGCUGUGCUCUCGGCUGCAGAAGUGGCUGUACGAUCGCUUCGGCGUUUACAUUGAGGACUUUCGCUUCCAGCCCGAGGAGAACACAGUAGAGCCGGAGGAACCGCUCAGUGCUAAAAGGUUAACAGAAAACAUGAGACGACUUAAGCGCGGCGCCAGACCUAUAACCAACUUCCUGAGGAACCUGUCAGCCUUAUCAAACUGGCACUCAGUCUACACGUCAGCGAUUGCCUUUAUUGUCUACAUGAAUGCUGCAUGGCAUGGCUGGGCCAUCCCAAUGUUUUUAUUUUUAGCCAUUCUGAGGUUAUCCUUGAAUUACCUCAUUGCAAGAGGGUGGAGGAUUCAGUGGAGUAUUGUGCCUGAAGUUUCUGAACCUGUGGAGCCUCCAAAGGAAGACCUGACUGUGUCUGAAAAGUUUCAGUUAGUUCUUGAUGUUGCACAAAAAGCACAGAAUCUUUUUGGAAAGAUGGCAGAUGUUUUGGAGAAAAUCAAAAAUCUGUUCAUGUGGGUGCAGCCAGAGAUAACUCAGAAGCUGUAUAUUGGUCUGUGGGUGGCCUUCAUCUCAUCCUGCGUCCUGCCCUACAAGCUCAUGGGCUUGGUUAUUGGGCUGUACGCAGGCAUCAAAUUCUUCAUCAUCGACUUCCUCUUUAAGAGCUGUCCAAAGCUGAGGGACAAAUAUGACACUCCGUACAUUGUCUGGAACAACCUCCCCACAGACCCUCAGCUGAAAGAGCGCAGCAAUGCCACUGUGUCCAGACGGCUGUCUGGGUGUGAGAAGAUUCAGCCAGUAGUGUCACGGGGUAGCUUAGCAACCAUCCCUUCCGGAGUGAGCAGAGAGGAGGAGAGUGGACGGGCACACAACACCAAAAAAGGAGCUUUCCAUGAGAUCUUCAACCUGUCUGAAACAGAAAGACCUCUGCCAGUGUGUGAGAAUGGAUGGAGAUGCUGCUUGAUAAAUCGGGACCGGAAGAUGCCGACUGAUUACAUUCGCAAUGGUGUACUCUAUGUUACUGAGAACUACUUGUGUUUCGAAAGCUCCAGUUCCAGAUCAGGCUCAUCCAAAAAGAAUAAAGUCAUUAAACUGGUGGACAUCACAGACAUUCAGAAGUAUAAGGUUUUGUCUGUUUUGCCUGGCUCUGGGAUGGGAAUCUCCAUUGCCACACCCUCAACACAGAAGCCCCUGGUUUUUGGUGCCAUGAUCCACAGAGAUGAGGCCUUCGAGGCGAUCUUCACACAGUACAUGAAGAUCGUGACCACAGGCUGCCCUGAGACCUAGCCCACUGCUGAACCCCGCUGAGAGGCCAUCACAUCGCCUCUUUUCUCUCUUCUCUUCCUCUCCUGGCUCACCUGGGGCAGGCUGAAAUCAGGGGGCAUGGCCUAACGCACUCUCCCUCUCUCAUUCACUUUGGUUGACUGUAGCUAGGUGAUGUCAUCUGAAGGUCAGGAGCCUUGCACCAGUGAGCAGAAACAGAGGUGUGCGCACAUUCCUGUAGGGCAGGCCGCUAUUCAUUUUUAACACUGACGGCUCAUCACAGAAAAGGGCUCGGGGGGCUGGAUCUCCUCACCCGCGCGGCUACUGAAGAGUAGUGUGUAGAGCUGCAUAUAGACGAUGUGGGUUUUGAACCUGUUUUCGCUACCUUUUUCUGGGUUCUAGUUCUGUCUGUCUGUCCAGGCUGGGCUUGCACUGGGUAAUCGGGGGCACUUCUGUUGGGGGUGGUGGGACGUCAAAGCUGCAAAUGCAUAUUAACUGAUAAAGUAAAGCCUUUUUACAUUAGUUUACAUUGUUGCAGUGCAUACAUGCACAUGCACACAUGCACGUAUAGACAAACGAUUGUGUGCCAAAGUUUGGGCACCC